CUCGCGCCGCCGUCGCCUGCUCUCCUCUCCCUGUAAGAUGGCGCUCGCUGCAGCCGCGGCUGUGAUUUGAGACAUGGCAGAAAGAAGGACCACAGAGUCAUGUGACCAAGCAUGUGAACAGGUCUGGCGGCAGGAAUAUAAGCUGGCGUUAUAUAACUGCAAAGAAGGGCUGCCUCUAACUAGCCACACUGGCUUUCCUACUUCUGCAUCAGUUGAGGCUGUUAGACUACAGGCAUUGCUAUACAGAAUCUCUUGCCUCAUACGGCUGAAAAAUUAUAAGGAGGCAGAAGAGGACUGUAAAAGUGUCUUAUGGAUGCACGAGGUUCUGGGAGAAAACCUGUUAAGAGAUGUGUUGGCAGCACUAGUUCUAGAGGGCAAACUGAAGGAGGUUUUUGAUGCUUUGUGCGAUUGUAAGACUGCGGACUGUAUGAAUGGAGUUUCCUUAAACCAUCUGAGGCGGCUUGUGCACUUGCUGGCUGAUUGGCAGGCUUCGACUAAUAAUGCUCUCUUUUCAUCAGAGCAAGACACCAAAGAAAAUGAUUGUCGGUGGAAGUUCCGCCCUCCCCCGCGAGGCGUUGUUGGAAUUGAUGAAUAUUCUUUGUGUUGCAGGUAUUUGGAAUAUGGAGCUUGUCAUUUUGAGGACUUGUGUGUGUUUGCUCAUUCUGACCCCGAGCUGGUGGAAUGGAGGGAACGGCAUGCUUACAGACAGCUUCAGUAUCAACAACAGAGGGAGCAACAGCAGGGCACCAGUUACAGCGAAAAGCUCAUUGAGAAAUGGCUAAAUAACCCAAGUGCCGACAGAGUGGUGAGCAGAGUGCUUGAGGGGGUGCGAGUGGAAUCAAGUCGUGAGCUCAAUCAAGUCUCUGAUGGCAGAACAUACAGCUUCGCUUGGAUAUUUUCUUUUACUUGCAAUCCUCCACGUUUGCUUCAUCAAGUUGCCUUUUUGAGUAAUUCUUACACACACUGCUUCCACAUCGCUUCUAUCGCCGCUGGGGACUCUGAUAGUCUGCACCCGUACUCCAUAUUACCACACUGUCAAGAAUGGAGCAGAGACUCAAGUGGCCAGAACAGGAUUGAGGAGCACUCUUACCAAAUCGCCAUCAAAUUUUAUUCCCAAGUCUUUGGAAACUUUCAGCAAACCAUUCUUUUUGACUUCGGCUCGGAGCCGGUGCUGAUGCAGACGGUUACGGUAUCCGCGCCAUCGGAUAAAGCCGCAGAAGCCCUGUCACACCAUCAGCAGCAAUCGCUGACCACAUCGCAGCGCUGGGAGGCAACCUGCAAACAAAUUGUUGAAUUCCGACCUCAAGAACUGUCCGAUCUGGAUUUGAACCUGCUGGUUACCUAUCAGAUUCCUGCUGCUGCUGACCAACUCUUCACCCGCUCAGUUCUAGACAAAGUUCUGAACAGGCACAACUAUCAUUCUCGCUUCCACGACCUUCUCUACAUAGAGGAAAACGCACAAAACAAAGAUAUAAGCAAGUUUAAUAUCAAAGCAAAUUUGCACAUAAUGACGUCUUACGCAGUUCCCGGCAAUCUUGGUGCUGCUCGUCAUGUCCAGAACGGCCAGCUUUUUGCUUGCUUUCUACUGAGUGACACUGUCAUAACCAAAGACACUGCUGCUGGGAGAUUGGUGAUGGAGAAAGUCACCAGCGUCCUGUUGAUGCCCCUCAGCAAAAAGCGAGGCCUGGGACUGAGUCAAGGGAAUAAGGAGAAAGUCUAUGAAGCACUUGUGGAGGACAGGACGAGGGAGUGUAUGCUACUGCGACUCUCCAAAGAAUGCUGUGAGGAUCUGAAGCUUCGACCUGAGCGAGAUAUAGAGGUGGAGCUGCAGUUCCAGCUGAACCGUUUGCCUCUGUGUGAGAUGCACCUUGCUUUAGAUAACCUCAAGGACUGUAGCUUGGUUUCUCCAGACAUUUCCUCUCUCCUCUCUCUGAAUCUGCCCAGCAGAGAGUGGGAGGAACUACUGGACCCUCGACUGAACUGCAGACAGAGGGAAGCAGCUGGUGCCAUUACUGCUCCUGCAACAUUCCUCCUGCCACCCAUUCUCCUGAUGGGUCCGUGUGGCACCGGCAAAACAUUCACCCUGGCUCAGGCAAUCAAGCACUUGAUGAAAAAGUCUGACAAAAGGAUUCUGUUCUGUACGCAUUCAGAUACUGCAGCAGAUUCAUUCCUAAAGGACUACCUCUCUCCUAUUGUUGAACAUGACGCUAGUGAUAUCAGACUUCUCAGAAUUUAUCAUAAAAACAAGAGCGUGAAGAGCGUGCAGCCCACCGUGCAGCGCUAUUGUCUGCUGGCUCGAAACCAGUCUUCGUUUGUGUUGCCGAGAAAAGAGGAUGUCCUCAAGUGCAGGAUUGUUGUGACCACUGUGAGUUCAGCGAAAUACCUUUGCCAGGCUGACCUGCAACAUGGAUACUUCACGCAUAUUUUACUGGAUGAUGCCUCGCAAGCUGUGGAAUGUGAAACUAUUAUGGCUCUGGGCUUGGCUGAUCGAACCACUCGAAUCGUUCUGGCUGGAGAUCCGAUGCAGCUUAAUCCUGUUGUGUACAGUGAAUUUGCUCGAGAACGAAACCUGCACAUUUCUUUGAUUGAGCGCUUGUCACAGCUCUACCCAGCCGACUCCUGCUGUCACGUAUCCUUAUCAGAGCAAUAUAGAUCACACGAGGCUAUCAUCAGUCUUGCAUCAGAACUGUUCUACAGAGGAAGCCUGAUUGCAAGUAGCAAACACCCAGCCCACAAGGACUUCUUUCCUCUCACGUUCUUCGUAGCCUGGGGAGCAGAUGUACAGGACAGAAGCAGCUGUAGUUAUUACAACUGUGCUGAGGUUUUGGAGGUGGCUGAGCAAGUGGAAGAGUUGCAGAAGAAAUGGCCAGUGGCCUGGGGGAAGCUGGAUGAGAAUAGCAUCGGGAUGGUGACGCCAUAUGCCAACCAGGCCAUGCGAAUCCGAGCAGAGCUGCAGAAAAAGAAGCUCACUGAUGUCACCGUGGAGCAGAUCUUGAACAUACAAGACACACAAUUCCGCGUGCUGUUCGUCAGCACUGUCAGGACACGGCACACAUACAAGGAGCCACAGAACUCUGCCCGGCGUAAAGAGGCUCAGCAGGAGGAAAGCACUGAGGACCUGGAGUAUGGCUUUCUGUCCAGCUAUAGGAUGCUGAACACCGUCCUCACUAGAGCGCAGUCUCUCGUGGCCGUUGUGGGGGAUCCAGUGGCUCUGUGCUCCAUGGGGAAAUGCCGGAAAAUCUGGGAACGUUUUAUAUUCCUCUGCCAUGAGCAUGGCAGCCUGCACGGAGCCACUCUGAGUGAGAUCAGGACACAGCUCGACAAUCUGGAACUGAGCAGAAGCUGCAUGCUGAACCCCCUGGCUCCUGAGUUCAUCCCCCGAGCCAUUCAGAACUUUGCAGCUUCCGCCAGCAGACUCCAGGCAUCACCCGCAAAGGUGUGUGCCCAGGUAACCUGGUCAGGAUACCAGAACCGCUUGGCUUUAGACCCGAGGCUGGUGGCUCGGCAGGCGACCGUGGCCUACAAUCUCAGCCUGUUACAGCCCCACGGUCGCCUUUCUCCCGGGCCCUACAGUGUGGACACAUCAUCCCAGGAUCUGGAGCACAGCAAAUCUGGUAGAGAAAGAAUGACAUCCCGAUCGGAUGUGGGUUCGUUUUGGGCUCCGGGCAGAAAGAACACUGAUGUGAGAGAAAAGGUACAAGCUGGAGCGGUGUGGUUUUCUGACCAUUCCAUGAACAUGGGCUCCACUGUCAAGUACAGCCCCAGCCACCAUCACGUUCACGAGCAGAUGUACACUUCACAACAAAGCUUCUGCUUGCAAAGCAUUCAGCCGUCCAACAGACCCUUUAGCCACCAGAAUCUGGGUAGUCCUCAGAAACGCUUCUCUAUCCCUCAGCUUUCUCCUGGACAACUUUCAGGACACGAUCGUUACGUCCAGACCCAGACUUCACUGCCCCCUACGUUUGAGAACAGCAGCCGAAGCCAACUCUCCCCACACCUCGGGCUCCAUCACCAGUUCCCAGCCUCAACGUCGAGCCUGACCAACCUCUCCAAACACCACGCAGCCCAGCGCCUCCACUUCCUUCAUGCUGCUGAUGGUGACCGGAUCUUUCAUGGGCAAGCACUCUUGGGAACAGCCAAUUCCUUGCUGAAGGCAGAUGUGCAGAAGACAAACCGAUUCCAUUCCAGACUGGGUCAGUGGACUGAGCACGGCUCCUCACACCCAGUACACGAGCUGGUGAGCUGCGGCAUUGCUCUACAUUCCUCCAACGCCCAUAAAGCCCUGCUCCAGGAGUACCGCACCUCCAAGUUCAGCCUGCAGUCUCCCUAUAGCCAGAUGGGGGAAUUGUACGGAGACAUCCCAAUAUUCCCUCACAAGAGCACAGAGCAGCCUUCAGCCUGGAACCUGCCUCUGAGCCCUGAACUCUCAGAGAUUCCUCCUCAAUCUCGACUCCUUCAGUAUUGCCAAACGCAGCUCCACAGCACGGCUCCACAGAACAUGCCCCACUUCUGCGACCAGAUUAUGAAAGACCCUCGGAAAUACCCCCAGCAUGGCCUUUAUCCCUUUCCCUCGGCAGAACUGCCCCCAAACAGCUGCCACCCUUUCCACGUGCAGCCCCCUCCAUUCGCGGACUACAGCCAGUGCUCCCACACUCCUCUCCAGCAUCAAUACAGGAGGCCACACUCUCCGGACAGCUUAGAGGACUACAGGAGGCCUCACUCUCCGGAGGGGUUGGACGAUCACACACUGGAACCUCUGGGGCCCAGCCCCAACACCAGCUCCUCAGUGUUAAACAGUGAGGCCUAUCCCAGUCUCCACUACCAGCAGCAGUCAGACAGAUCCUACCGAUCCGGCCUCAGCCCCAAGUCGUUUCAAGCAGUCAGUGAGUCUGAAGUUAGAGUAUCUGGCCGGCCGCUAUACCAGAGGCAAUCAGCCCCCAGCCCCCAGGAAGCGUCAUCUGUAGAGAGCAGCAGGGGACCGAGUCCGUACUGCAGCCCAAGCCAGCGGCUGUCUCCUGUGGCUGCUGGACAGCUGCCUGUGGGAGACCUAGAGGAAGAAACAUACAACCCCAUCAGCUGUUACAGCGCCCAGUCUCCUUCCUUAAGUCCAGAAGGAGUGUUGUACAAUGGGCACCUUGUACCCGGACAAAACUCUCCAAGUGUCGAGGCCGAGGAGAUCGCGAGCUGUAAUGGGAGCAGUUCUGUCCUCACGCCUCCGGGACCCCCGACCAAAGCCCUGCACUUCCAGAGCCCUCCCAAGUGCUCAGAGGCCAAACACUUGGUAUCUUACGCCAGCGUUGUUCGAGCAGCACCGAAAGCGAGAUUGCAGUCCCCCUCCGAGCCAGACAGGAAGCCUGUGGACCCUAUUUCUAUAUUGCAGGACCUGAGUAAGAGGUCCUCCUUGAACGACAGUGGCUACUACUCUUAUUUCCAAUAACCCAAGUAGCACAUUUUGAUCAGUUGGUUUCAUUUAAAGACGCACUUUUCAUUAUUUUUUUCUUUCGAGGCACAGAAUCGCUUUACUUUAGGGACGUUCUUUUUGUAACGAGAUGUUAUUACGUGCACUUAAAAAAAAAAAGAAAUAUUUAAAGAAAUAUUUAUAUAGAUGCUAUAUUGGGACACGUAGAAAGGUGUCGUUUCUGGAAAAAUGAUUCUUUUUACAAGAGCUUCUCAUUCCCUGCUUAUUUGCACAUCUCUCGGACGCAACCAGAUUAUUCUUUUUGACAAUGAC